AUGACACAACGUAUUCGCGUUAAGAUAAAAACAAAAGGUAUUAGUCUCACGUUAAAUUCUGCGCGCAUUACUUUAAUGACAUUUUCAUAUGAAUAUUCAAACGUUUCACAAACAACUCGACUCUCAGUGGAUUCAUUGAAACUCACAGAUCUCAAUAAUUGUUCCGAAUGUGUGACAUCAGGCGACAAUACAAAGUGUUUAGAUGUGACGUAUUCCCAUAAGAAAAAUUCAACGUGUGAGAUCUUCUGUAAUUCAUUGACGUUACAAUUAGUCCCUGAAUUUCUCAAUUCAGUCAUUUCGUCCUUUGAACCCACACUUACUCGUCUGUUUGCGAUACAACGCGAUGCGACAACCCAUACGACUUCUCUUUCCCUUGAAAAAAGUGCAGAAUUCGCGACACCCGUUGACGCUCCACUCGAUGCCAAAAAUUACAAUUUCCGCUGCGAAAAUUCAAGUUUGGUCUUCAAGAAUUACAGUGGGAACAAACUUCGUCUCUCUGCAAAUUUCGAAGGGAUUCUCAACGUGCAAAAUCAGAAGGUCGAUUCAUUGGCUGUUUUAGUGAAAGACACUUUACUGACUUCUGAGAUGAAUGGAAGAGAUCAGAUGAUGGAUAUCGCGUUAAUCAAGUUGAUGAGUGUCUCCCUCAAUUUCAAGAGAAGUGCACUUGCCGCCAAUUUUGCACUUUCAGACGCUCAAGGGCGAGUUUCUAAUCGCGAUAUCGAGAACACUUUAAAACUGUUUACUGAGUUACACGCGUGUAUUCAAAAGUUUCAAGUCUUUCAUACAAAUACGUCUCAGGCGGUGUUAAAGAAAGUUGAAGUACCCAAAUCCGUUCAGAAAGGUCUUGAGAUCCAAGAGCAACCAAUUCGCAAGACCCCUUCAACACAUUCCAAAUGGACUCUUCCAGACAUGAAAGUGGCUUUAAGUAUGCGAGACAUGCGAUUAACACUGUUCUCCGAGGAAGUGUCAUCGAAGGGGAAAUCAAUAGAAACGACGCCAUGUUUCUUCUUAACAAGUCAAAGUAUCGAAGGGGAAAUAGAAAACACUACAAUGACUUGUAAAAUCCUUCAAAGUAGUUUAGAAUAUGUCAACACAACACAUCAAGUGUGGAUUAAAGAACCUUUGAUAGAACCUUUUAAUGUAUUUUUUAAUGGAGAAUUCCCUUAUUGUGCCCUCGACAUCUCUCCAGACAAUUUCCUUGUUAUUAACAUUACACCGGAAGUUGUUAGUGUUGCUAACGAUAUUGUAAAGAGUUGGUCGCAAUCACUGAAUUCGGAAUUUUAUAACAACAAAGGGAAGUGCACCAUCCACAAUUCGUCUGGAGAUCGAGUCAGACUCUUUUAUAAAGAACAGGAGGUCGUAGUACUCAAUGGGGAAGCGAAGGAGAUUUCGAUGAUCCACGAACGAUGCGUCCAAUUGCAAAUCGGAAACUACGAUGUCAUUUCUAUAGAAAACAUUUCAGAAGGGCGGACACUGAAAAAAGCAUUUAUUGUGACGCACGACAACAGAAGUGUUGGGUGCGUCAUAGUGAAGAUGAAAGCGUUUAAUAAAUACCAAAGAGUCAAGAUAUGUGCCCCAGUCAUAUUUGUGAAUACGACACAUGCGAGUCUAAGAGUCUGGUGGGGCACUCAAUUUCUGAAUUUGGAAAAGAACAAGAGAUCGGGGUUUGACGUGAAAAUGGGGAUGGCACGGUUUGAGUUUGUUGUGGAGAAUAAGAACAAGAAGGCGAAAUAUUCACAAGACUUUACUUUGCUUUCAAGUGAGAAGCAAUGCGGAUAUACGGUGACACAACCCCUUCAAUUAAACAACUUCUUCAUGAUAGAAUUUAAAGGACAGGAAGGCUUGAAGUGCGGGAAUGAAUAUAUCACGCCGUUGGUUGUCCAAUUUAAACCACCAUUCACGGUCAUUAAUAGAACACCUUUGGAGAUCAAAAUCACGUGCUUUAAAUAUCAGAACGAGAUUGAAAAGAGAGUGAUGAAUGAGAGGGAAAACCGAAAGAGCACUAAAGAUAUCAAGAAACCUGUCAAUGGGGCAAAUUUACAUCCAAAAAAGAGUAAUGUUGGUAUCGAGGACAAAAAUAAACGAAAUAGAACAGUCCCAAGAAAAAUCGCUACUUUCAAAGCACCAAAUAAACCUUUGCCGACACGGCCUAUAUCACAGAAUCAAUCAAUACUGGUCAAGAACUCAGAUUCAUAUCGUUUUUCUGAUACCUCAUUUCUCACAAAGACAUCAUUUGACCCGAGAUAUAGUGAGUCAGAAGUACUUACUAUUCACGCCUUUAGUCGUGGCAGUUUAACAAUUUCGCCUCCCGACGACGAGAUUUGCUACUUCAUUGAGGUACUUUCAUGCGACCCAAAUUUUUCUUUUUUUGAGUCAGAAAAGAAGUCUGAGAUUUUGCACUUUUCGUCUUCUAUGACACAACUUCCUCCCCUUCUCAUUGGAAAACAUUUUUUUCGGCAAAGUCAUGAGAAUAACAAAAUAAUUUUGGAGAGUCCAUUUUACUUGAAAAAUAGUUCGGAGACUCCAAAAGUGGUGAAAUAUGAGGGACGAGUGGAUAAAGAUGACACGUGGCGUGUAUUUGCACCAGACCCAAAACUAUUUGAUGAAAAAAUCACGUUUUUGGAUCGGGUAAUCGGGUUAGAGAAAGUGGGCCAAAGUAAUGAGAGGAAUGUUUUUUCACUGAAAGAAUCACAGAAUGUCACAAUUGAUGGUGAAGAAAUUUUCCUGAAAGUGUCUGCGUUUUACGAGCAAAAUUUUGAGAAAAAAAGUGAAGAGAAAAACGAAGAAAUGACAAAUGCGAAGUGUUUAGAAAUUAAACCGAGAUUUCUUUUGAAAAACGAAACUAAUGAAGUUAUAGUAUUGAAUGGUAAUGUAAUAGUUAAAGAAAAGAGUCAAAAAUGUCUUCACUUCAAAGCUGCUUAUAUCGCCCUUCACAAUUUCUAUGAAAAAUCCGUGCCAAAACAGACGAAAAUCCUCUUUGAUAAAGUAGACGAAUUCCAGAUCAUUUUAUACACUUACUGUGGCAACCAAAUUUUCUCUAUUAAGACAAUAGAGGAGAGUGGUACAUUCAUUACCACUUUUUAUGGGUGUGAAAAGGCGUUUCUUCGUAUCGAAAAUUUAACAACGUUCGAAGUCGACUUUAAACAGGUCGGUAGUAAAACUAUUUUCAAGUCAAGAGGACAAACUAACAUCCCCUUUGGAUGGGCAGACCCAACGGAACGACGAGAAUUGGAGAUAUGUGGUGUUCUUGUUGAUCCUCUUAAAUUAGAAAGUUACUAUAAAACAACUAUUAAUAAUAGUAUAGUAUAUGUCUAUGUAGAGGCAGGGGAAGACUCCACCCAUAUCGUUAUAGGUGCUGAAGAGAAAAGUGCAGAGGAGAUUCAGUUAACUCUCUCAGUGUUAUUACCAACACUGAAUAUCUCACUUUUCCGAAAGGCUGCUGUGGAAGAGUUAUCUUUAACGAUCACAGGUAUCAAAUCUGAAGUUGUCAAAUUAGACAAACACGUUGGCUUUGAAUUUCAAUUUGAUUAUAUCCAACUUGACUUCCAACGUUUCGACAUAACGCAAUCUCCCGUCAUCAUUUCACCCCGACCACUUGAGUGGAUUUAUGACACGCAUCAAACGUUCUUCCAUUUCGGCAUUCUUUUGACUAUCCCAAACUUAUCUGCGAUAUCGAAAGUCCUCUACGUCUCCCAUCUGACAUUCACACUCCGACCACUUGAAGUUCUUAUAGAAAUGGAUGUCCUCAAUGAUCUUGUCCAAACGUAUAAUGAGUAUUCCCCUUUAAUUAUCUUUGAAGGUGAGAAUAAGAGGACAUAUAAAGAUACGAGAGUUGUGAUUGAAAAUGCCGUAAUAAACUCUAUAGAUAUUAAUAUGACAAUUCAUCGAGGAAAUUCAACAUUUUCAGAUCAUUCAAAUAUCCUUCAAAUAGUCUCAAGCAUCGCACGGAUGGACGUCGACCGAAUACCAAUAUACAUCGCAAAGACUGUGCACAAAUCAGUCUAUUUAUCAAAGAGCACUUUACUCGCACGAGUAGCAGAGAAACUCUUUUGUGAUUUGGAGGACAUGAAAUGGACUUUUGUGACGCGACUUCUGGGGUUCCGUGCUGUUGGCACAAAUUAUGACAACAUAGAAAGCACAGACGAGUUCCACCUGAGUGCCAUGAAUGAAUUACCUUCCGACGUCCGUCAUGAAAUCGCCUGUUUUUUCUCUCGAGAAAACAAUAUGAGUUCUUUUUCAGAUCCAUCUGAGACAGUGAAGGAGAAGAUCAUUCCGAGUGAGUUAGUUGAAGCCCAGCGAAGUACCUUUGAGUAUUCUGUUUUAGAUGGUGCGAAGAAUUUGGGGACCUCUGUCGUUCGGAGUGUGAAAGGGUUAUGGAACACAUCUGUAGGGUUGACUGAUAUUGUAGGAGCGAAGAGGAAAACGUUAGCUCCCGCUGGGUUUAUGGGGGGGAUAGUAGUAGGAGCAGCUGGGAUAGUAGUGAAGCCUAUAGAUGGGAUAGUUGGCUUCUUUAAGAGUGUGAGUGAUGGAUUGAAUGGGCUCAGUUUUGGACAAAUAGCGACGCAACGAAUGCGACCGCCACGAUAUUGUCCUGGGCAAGUCAUUCAAUUCAAUUUGUAUAAUUCGUUUGGGUGGAGUUUAUUAAAUGAAGUAGAAGGAGGGUAUUUCAAAGAAGAUGGGUACAAGACGUGGUUAAAAAAGGUUGAUGGAAAUAGGUUAUAUGCAAUUCUAUUUACUCAGAUAGAGAUGAUCGGAGUGGACAAGAAAAGUCCGCUCGACCCUCCAAAUUUCUUGUGGAGAAUUUUGUAUGAGAAGAUUUACGACUUCGGACUCGAAGGAACUCAUAUUUGUGUCUAUAUUAAUAACCCUUUCAAAAGCGGAUUCUUCUUCGGAAGAACAGACAAAUUUGUAUUAGAAAAUUGGGACAAGGAACACCUCACGACAAUCAAAGAAACAAUUCAAGAAAUUACUGGGAAGGUGGUGCGAUCGGUGUAA